UCUCAGACAAUGUUUGGAAGAAAUCAGAUUGUGCAAAUGUACCAGAGAUUGAAUCAUCAUCAUCACCAUCAUGGACAUUUGAGAGAGCUCAAUAAUAAUGCAACUAAUUUCCUCUCACACUUCACAAAGCCUAAUUACCAAUUCAGACCACCUCCUAACUCUUCAAGGGCAUGUUCUUCAUGGAGCACAGAUUAUUGUUCAAACAUGGAGAAGAUCAUAUCUACAGAUACAGUCCCACCUCAAAGUUGUCACAUUUAUGAAGUGGCAAACGCGAUAUCAAGAACCCCACCCAUUAGGCCAAGCCGAUUCCUUGAGGACAAGAAAUGGCCGCCGCAGCAAGUAUUUACAAGGGCUCACCAUUUUCAACCUUAUAAUAAUAAUAAUAAAAUCCUGCAGCUAUCUAAUUCUCCAUGGACCCCUAAACUCAGAAGCUUCAAUAACCAUGAUCAUCUUCAUCCCCUUCCACCUGUAUCUUCCCCUAAUUUGUUCGAGUUUAGCCGCUGCUUCGACUCCGGUAGCCUCCUCCAACGUCCCUCCACCGAAUUACAGCUGAGUUUAGGUGGUAAAAGCUUUGAAAAUGGUGGUGGAGCGAUGGUGAAUAACAAUGAAGAUGAAGAAGAAGAUGGGUGCAGGUGCAGCAGCAUUAAUAUUACAUCAAGAAGAUCAGAGAUGGCCGAUACAUUACUUUCUCUCUCCCUCUCUCUCUCUAGUCCUUCAUCCACACCAUCACCACACCAAAAACAACACUCUGGAGAUCAAACAAAUAUACCUCAAAAUCAAAGCCUCACUACUUUAGGAUCUGACCAAUGCAACACAAAAAUUUAGGCUAAGAACCUGCUCUGAUCUGUGCUACCUGAGAUCUUGUAACUACUCUGUGUCCUCUCAUGAUCAUGUCCAUUAAGUUAACAUUUAUCAUUUUUUUUCUUAAUGGAAAGCA